AUGGCGCCGCGCCGGAGGAAGGUAGGAAACCGGGGCAAUGAAAAGGAGCGGUUCCGCGUCGGAGAUUUGGUUCUGGCAAAGGUCAAGGGCUUCGCUGCGUGGCCGGCUAAGGUGUGUGCCUUUGUAACCUUUCCAAUUGGAUGUGGGCUCGAAUUUUUGUGGCGGGAGGCUCUAGUCGUGUUUCUUUUUACAUUUCGUUUUCUACGUUAUUUUUCGCGGGCGCAUAGUUGGGAGCGGGGAAUAAUCAGACGCGGGAUUCACUGCUAUCGUUGUGAAUAUUUGUGUUAUCAUUUAUUUUUUUAUUCUCAUAGAUGACACUCCAUUAAUUGGUCUUCUGGUCCGAGUCUUUGAAUUUUAGGGUUUCGUUAUUUUUCCAUUUUCUUUCCGUUUUUUAAAAUAAUGUCAUGUUCUGUUCUGCAUAGCCACAUAUUUACGAUUCGUGGGGUUUGUAAUAAUCCGUAUGUAUUUUCUGUUGACACGAAACCUCUUUCGUUGAUGAUUUUUUCCGCAGAUCAGCAGACCUGAAGAUUGGAAACGAUUACCUGACCCGAAGAAAUAUUUUGUUCGAUUCUUUGGGACGUCUGAAAUGUGAGUGCCUACUUUUUCUGCUAGCCCCAAAAUAUUUUUCAUUCCUUCUGUCUGUUCCGUAGUUCAAUAUUGAUGACAAAAUGGAGAAGUUAUAGAUCUUCAAUAUUAGGUAAAUUUUUAAGAAAGUGAAAAUAAUAGGGAGCUGCAGUGUUUUAAAUGGCAAGGACUCAAUAUUUCCUUUAGGCACCUAGUAGCGAUAUGAUGACUGGUCGGAACUGGAAAAGGCUGGGUUAUCUUAGCUUAUCAAACUCGGAUGGCUGAGUAAGUCAUGUGCGGCCCGGGUAUAAUAAACUCGGAUAAAUCGCUUAACUUACUCGACCAGAAGAGUCAAAUAGCGGGAACCAGCCCAAUUACGAAUUUCAAUUCGGUCGCUUAACUGAAAGCCAAGUUAAUAUAGGUUAUCCCAUGACAGGAAUAAUGAUGCUAUCAAACUGAAAAUUGGAUGAACUAGAAUUCAGAACUGAACCUUGAUUAACCUAGAUAAUUCUGACCAGUUAUAAAACUAGUCCCUGGUGUGCUCCUUGUGGGGACUGUCUUGGUAGUUCCGCGUGGAUGUAAUUAUUGUUUUGUGUGCUCAUUAGUUAAUCCUACUUUCUUUUUUUUUUUCUGAGAUGGAUCUCAUUGCUUCUUGGAAUUUACUGCAGUGUGAGUCAAAAUAAGUUGUGCAUUUCUGCGCAAAUCGCUGUUUGAGAUCAUAAGCUUGUUAGUCCCGCGAUAUUAAGUCGCUCUCUAAAGUGUUAUGCAAGUUCUCUGCUUAUUCAAAACUUGGGGUACAAUUUUUUUUUAGAAUAUUUUCGUUGUCAUAUCCAGGGCCUAUAAGGGAUGUUGACUUGCAUCUGUAGUUUAGUCAACAUAUUGUUUUUAGCUGGAUUUGAAAUAAAUAAAUAUGAAGGCCUACUUUUACAGUCUAAUGCUAUAUUUUCUCUAUUUGACAUGUUCUGUUUUGGGGUUCUUUUAAGUACAUCAUCUAACUCUUUUCGCAAAACCUUCUGUGAUUUUACUCUGGGUUAAAGAGAAUAGGUGUUCAGUUUCUUGGUAGAGAAUUCGCAUUCAAAUUGAGUGAAUCUUCGGACUGCUUCAUUGAGCUUUAAAACGUUUUUCCGUAAAGUAAUUAAUGCUCUGGAAUCUACAUGAAUUUUUAGUUAACCUGAAUUGAGUUUGUGCCCAAUUUUAUUCGUCAAAGCUUUAUGGGUUUGUUCCAUAUUCCUUUGUAGUUGAUGAUCGUUUGCUGAUUUUUCAGAUGCCAAUACCUAUGUUCUGUUUAACUGACCUUCGUCAUUGUUUUCUUUUUUUCCUCUCUGGAAGUGGUUUUGUUGCACCGUCUAAUAUUCAAGUAUUUACAAUUGACUUGAAAAGUGAGUUGAUUGGUCGUCCUCGGAUCAAGCAUUCAAAAGACUUUGCUCGUGCUGUGGACGAGAUUUGUCAGGCUUUUGAAGAGUUACAGGGCAAGAGUUCAGAUAAGUCUGGAGAAGACCUUAAAAGGCCUGAUGUCUCUGUCGAGAAUAAUGAUCUAACUGUAGUCGCUACUUCGGAAGAGCACAAUCAGACGUCCAAACGAAAGGAAGGAACCAAAGAUAAAUGCACCAGUGGUGGAUUGCCUGGUUCAGAGGAUAUUUCACUCGAUUAUGACGGGACUUUUUCUGCUGAUAUAAAACUGAAUGAUGCGGACAUAAAUUUCAGAGCAGAGACUUCCGUUUUUUCUGUUGAGAGCAGUAAUAAGUACUCGAAUAAUUGCCCGGAUGAUGUUAAAGAAGGAAAAGCUGUGAUGUCCCAAUUACCAUCCAUGAUUUCAUCCAUCAAAGAUGAAACAGGUAAAGAUCUCCUGGAAGAAAAGAUAGUUCAAAUCCGCAGAAGAAAGCACAAGUUGUAUGUCUCCGAACCCAAGGCACAGGCUAAGAAAAGGCAGAGACAUGCCGAUGUCUCUGACAAGGAGGUCAAGAUAUCAGGACGGAUAUCUAAAAGGAAGGCUGACAAACAUUUUAGGAAGGACAAAGAUGCUGUGCCUACAAAACGUGGUAAGCAGUCGUCGUCACCAGCUGAAUCUUUGCUGGUGGAUUCAAGCAUAAAGGCUACAAAAAGCGUGGAAGAUGAAAAAAGCCACGUCUUGCCCACAAAGGAUGUGGCAGCUUCGCAUUGUAAAAAAUCUCCUGUUCGUACUCGACGCAGAUUACUCCGGAUUGACGAUGAUGAAGUUGAUGAAGAAGCACAGAGAACGCCCAUUCAUAGAAAGUCACGAGAUAAAUCAAUAGCAACAGUUUCAAAUGAGCCACUUGCAGACAGUGAUUCUCAGGCUCAAGCUAAGAACCCCAAUGCCCACAUGUUGAGUACUGGAGAUAUGAGGUCAGACAGGAUAGUUUUGGCGAAAUUGGACAACAGAUGUACUGCAGAUGGUACAUCAUCUAGAAAGUUUGAAAAUGAUUCUCCAUGCCAAAAUCCAUGUCAAACUGAGGAAAUAAAGCCUGAAAAGCAUCUGGAAAAAUAUGAGAAUCAAAAGUCAUCCUCUCUGGAUGAUAACAGUACACAUCUGGCUUCCAAUUUACACAGUGGGACCAAAAAUUCUGAUGGGAUGGUUGAACAUAAAACACCCAAGCCAGAAGUUAAGACAUCUACCUCCGGUUCUGCAAGGACUAAGGAUAUUGUCUCUAAACGUUCAAGUGUAACCUCAUCUAAUUUAGCCACGAGACAAAAGUUGAAGCCAUCUUCAUCAGAUAAUGAGAAGCAGAAGGAAAAUUUGCAGAUGAAGGACCGUUUAUCAACCAAACGGUAUGGUGUAAGUUAUUUCCGCAGUUUAUUUUGUUCUUUAUUUGCUCUUGUCAUCUCACAAUAAUUCCCAUCUGACAUGCAGAUUUGAUCCUAUUCGUGACAGUGCAAGCGUGUCUGUGACUAAGUCUAAAUUUGUAGACUCUGUUACAUCUAUGAAAGAUCUUAUUGCAGUUGCACAGGCCAAGAGAAAAGAGACUCAUUCUCUAAGUCUUUUUCAUGACUACGUCAGUGUCACUUCAGUGCCCUCCCAAACUGUCAUACGAGAGAGAAGCCCUAGUCCCCUUCUCACUUCCACAACUAUCCCUGCUGUAAACGAUACUCAGAACGAUUGCAAGGAAGCUUAUACGUCGACAUCUUUUCCCUCUCCAGAUAACACGGGAGCAAACAAUUCUUUGUUGAAUCCUGUGGUAUCUGAGAAGCAUGAGCAGGUUAUUUUUACUGGAGGUCAGCCACCUGGGUUCACCAGUAGUGAUGGUACUGAGGCUGCUACUGCUCGUGAUGCUUUUGAAGGAAUGAUAGAAACAUUAUCUAGAACAAAAGAGAGUAUUGGGCGUGCAACGCAUCAAGCUAUUGAGUGUGCCAAGCUUAACAUGGCCAGUGAGGUGGGUGAUACUUACUUCUAGGAAUUUUUCACUAUUUUCUUUGAUAGUACUCAGAUCUCCGCAAGGUGGUUUCAUUUUCCCAGUUCCAUUGGGUCCUCAUCGUUUGGAUAUCUGUCACAUAUGGCAUUGUUCAUCAAUAGUGGAAUGAGAAUGCACUUUUACUGGAAGAAAAUUUUCGACAUAAUUUUGCAUCUUGAAUUAUUGUUACAUUUUCCCCUUUUUUACAACAUGGCCUUGCGUGUAUCAUUUUGGUUUUUGGCUGACUUUCCUAUCUUUUGUUUCAUUUUUUUAGCAUGCAGCUAUCAGCCCUCCAAUUUCUUUAUGUUUAUGCAGUUUGUGAUUAUGUACUUAGUGACCUCCACUGCCAUAGUUCCAGUUAUUCAUUGAUGUAAAUUGAUAUAGUAAGCUUACUUUGGAAAUAUGCCACAGAUAAAUGACCAUCAUUGUAAUCAACGUCUUCCUGAUUAAUCUUGUGCGUAUAGGGUUUGAUGUUGUACAUGUGUUUAUGUAGCAAGUAGUAUUAGGUUGGUUGAUUUUCAUGUUCUAUGCUCUCUUUUCCUUUAAUGUUCCCAUAAAAAAGAGAUUCCAGUGCCUCGUCAUGAAUACCUUAUUGAAGCUUAAAAUUUAUAUACUUUUUAUUUUGUAGUUUUUUCUUACAAAAAUCUUCACACCUACUUAUUUUGAAUAAGUGCAGGUUGUCGACCUUCUGAUUCGGAAAUUGGAAAGCGAAAUCAGCUUUCGUCGUAGGGUUGACCUAUUUUUUCUGGUAGAUUCUAUUACCCAGUGCUCACACAGUCGGAAAGGUAUGCUGAUGCAUGAAUCAUCGUAACUAUUUUAUCUUGUAUCCUUCAGACAUUGAAAACAACGAAUAUAUUUUCCUGCAUUUAGUUUAUCCUGUUUUAUAAAUAUGAAAAAUUGUUUGAUAUGGUGGCAAAAACUACAUGGAUAUUCUUCUUUGCAUAAUGUUGGUUUGAUGACACUGUUUUUAUGCACAAUUAAUAUUCGAAACUAGUGUUUAUGUUUCUCAAUUAUCAUCUUAUUCCUCUAUAGGCAUUGCAGGAGCAUCUUAUAUUCCUUCUGUGCAAGCAGCUCUGUCACGUCUUUUAAGCGCUGCUGCUCCACCUGGAGCUGGUGCUUGUGAAAACCGGCACCAAUGUUUAAAGGUACAUGUACCUGAUGGCUUAAUCUUCUGUAGCCAGGAUAGCAUUUAUGUACUAAUUCUAAUGAUUAAUGUCAGGUUCUGAGACUUUGGCUUGAGAGGAAGAUCUUCCCUGAAUCUGUUCUUCGUCCUAUCAUGGAUGGUAUAGAAGUUCCCAAGGAUGAUCCGAGUUCUGUGCUAUAUCUUAGACGCCGAUCGCGUGUGGAACGCUCUAUAGACGAUCCCAUUAGGGAAAUGGAGGGAAUGCUUGUUGAUGAAUACGGGAGGUAGUAUAAUGACUCUUAAUACUUUAGAUUGUUGAUAAUAUUUUGGCCUUUAAUGAUUUGUCUAGUUCUCGGUUAGCAGAGCGGUUUGGUGAUAGCAUUGUCCAUGCACCAAAAGUUGGUUUGAUAUAUUUUUAUAUACAACACACUGUUUUUAUCUUGAGCUGGUUAACAAUAUCUUGACAAUUAUAGAGUACACAUGCAUUUAUUGUAGUACUAUAUUGCUUGUUCUCAUGGCAUUACUUAGGAUAUGAUUUGAAUCCACCAGAGUGUAGAGAUUUUAUUUUUAUCUUCGAUAACGAUGAUGUACCUUUCAUGUUUAAUUAAAAACAUGAAUUCAUUUGAUGCCAAGGAUGUACCUCCAUUUCGUGUAGCUACCAUGAAUUUAAUCGUGUUUGGAGGAUGUCUACACCUUGGGCUUUGUUGUCCCAGCAUGCCAAGGGACAGUUCUUGUACUCUGCUUACCUUCUCCGAUAUAUCUUAAAUAUUAUAUAUUUCGAAAAACAAUAUUUAUUCCGUUGUGGUCUAUUUUAGACAGUUUGUUGACAACCUUGUCUACCAUGCAUUUUUCCUUCGGUUAUUCCAUCUGUUAAAGUUUCGUUCUCUGAUUGUGUACUGGUUUGGUUUAUUGUCUUGACUUAAAAUAAAUAACGAUUGAUAGAUAUAUCUAGAAGGUUAUUUAUGUUUUUGCCAUGGUUUUCUAUUUCUGCUUGUGCUAAUGCGAUACGUCAUAAAAGGGAUGAAAAAUUGAGAUACACCAUAAAAGCAAGUAUAUUAUUUCUUGAUUCAAUGUAUGUAGAGCUCUGAACAUAUUCUAUACCAUUGAGAAAAAGGGACUAUGUUUCACGUACCUACGCUGCUGCCUGUAUCAAAAAUAUCAGAGAUAAUUUUCAGAAUUCUUAUGUGACACUACCGAUAAUGUGGUAUGUUUGUUAUGCGUUUUCAUCAUGUGAUAAAUCUGAGCAAGUUAUAACGGCAGAUUCUGCAUAUUUCCUCUCUUUGAAGAGUUUGAAGUUAUUUAGGCAUUCCAUCAUUAUUUUUACUUUUAGCAGUUUUUUGACAUUUUUGAGCUAGUUAUCUUCAGGUUCUAACAUUUUCCUUGUCUAAUCUUCCUCCUCCCAGCAAUGUUGCGUUUCAGUUGCCUGGCUUAUUAUCCAUCCAUGAUUCUGAAGAUGAAGAGGACCUUCCUCAUGAUUUAGGCGAGGAUGCUAUCAAUGAGUCAGGUGUGGACGUUGGCAAUCCUCUGGAUGAACUAAAUGCCGUUUUGGACAGUCCAAGUAAGAGACAACACCAUGUUCUAGAAGAUGUGGAUGGUGUACUGGAAAUGGAAGAGGUUUCUGCAUCAUCCAAAGAUGUCCGAGAUUCCUGCAAGUUGGAGAACAGAGUACCAGUUUCUGAAAAAAAUAAGUUAGUCGGUGAAGCUGACGCCCUUGCUUUAUCAAAUUGUUCUCCCCACUUACCUUUACAGCCUUCUCCUCCACCUCUACCUUCCUACCCUCCUCCAUCGCCUCCACCUCCACCUCCAUCGUCACCUUUCCCCUUGCCUCCGCCACCACCCCCACCUCAACCAUCGUUUGUGCCUCCACUUCCUCCACCACCAUCUGUUCCGUAUGCUUCUCCACACUUGGCAUAUCUUUCUUCCAUGAAUCAAGAUCAUUUUAGGUCCCCCAAUGUAAGUAUCCUGUUUUUAUCAAUUUUAGUUGAUGAAAGAAUAUGAUAUGGUUCAUUUUCAUAUGCUUUCUUUGCCCGGAAAUUAAUUCGUCGAUUAACUGCUUCGUGUGUCACUGUGUAGGGCCAUAAUGCUUCGUUGACGACCGACACAGUUGCACAACCGAUUCCUAAUUUUGUGAUGGCUGGUGUACGCAGCGGCCAAGUUGCGCCUGCCAAUGCCAGGUCAUGUGAAUUUGGGCAGAAGGACAUGCACUUAGCUCCCCGAGGUUGUCAUAUGUCAAUGCAGUUUCAGCCAGCUGUCCAAUCUUUUAGUCAUAUGUCCUUUGCUGCUGCCCCAGCUGGUCAGACUCCACCAAGUCUUCCUGUUGUUCCCGCACAACCGCCCUUGCAUCACGCCAACCUUACUUCUCAACCACCACCAAAUAAUUUUUCAUUUUCAAAACCUGUGGUUCAGCACCAUUCUCAAGGACAUAAUCCUUCUUUUUUGCCACCCCGUCCUAAUGUUGAGAGGCCAUACAUCGCUGAAGGGCAGUGGGGGACAUAUCCGAGCAAUAUUAAUUCAGAUGGCCAGCACAACUCUUGGGUGCCUGGAUGGAGGCCAGGAACAUCUUCUGGAGCACCUCUUGUCCAAGAUGGUAGGCGAUUCUUUACGUUUUUAAUGUAAACUGACCGGGAGACGUGAUAUUCAGUUGCUUUUGUUUCUUUCUUUGUAUCGCCCAUGCUGUCUAUCUUACAGAUCUUAUCCUGUCGACUAUGUCCAAUGCCUAUGCAAUCCCAUCGACACUCCUCGCACCUGAUCUGAUUCUUUCCCCAACCUUUAUUAAUGACUCAUAUUGGGGCUAAGUCAAGGUAAAUUCUUGAGGGGCCAUCAUCAUCAGCAUCAUCAUAACUUGGGAUUGGCUUGCAUUCUGUUGCAUGUGAUCACACUGGGGGUGUUCUCGUAUGAUUACAUCACAACCUUUUUGAAUCAACGGAACCUUGGAACUGGUUGUGGAAUCUGUCUGGAAAAUUGAUCUCAUUCUUGGUCCCUAGUGUCUUGUCCUGAUGUCAAUUCUUACAUCAGUUACUGGUUGGUCCUGAUAUGACCUAUCUAAUUCCUAAUUCACAUCUGAUCGGCACUUGAUCCUGUUGCGAACUACUAAGAAACUGUAGUUUCUUUCUAUCUAAUGGAGGACAUGCUCAUCCAGGCAAAGUAACGAGGCAACGAACUGCUAUACAAGUAUCGUUUUUCUGAGGUUUUGAAUCUGGGUGGGAUUCACGAUAUGAUUGACGCCUAGCGUUUUCUAUAACAGCUAUAAUGGACACAAACAGAGAUCUAGAAAGUUUUUGGAUUUUCGGAUGUUGCUGACAUGUUUAUGUGUCGGUGCUUUUGUUCAUCUUAGCCCACCAAAAUGAUUUAAACCUGAACUGCUGUGAAAAACUGAUAUGGGAAGGGUUUUCUGUGAGAGAGUUAUCUCUCAUGACGGUAAAUAUUCAUCUCGGUUUCUUUCUCAGUUCAUGAACAAGGUAGGGAAAAGAAGAUGAACCAAAGAGAACAGAGAAACAUCUGCUCUCUCUCUCUCUCUCUCUAAUGUGAUCUGAUUCAUGAAAGUCACUUCGUAUCUUAUAAUGUCACUAGUACACUCGUGGUAGUAGUUAGUACAUUCCUCCUACCUCUAUUUUAUGCGGCCCACAGGUGCAUCUUCCUCGAGUCGCAGCUGAUGUGGAUGUUGUCUUGUGAAGCCAAUGCUGCUUAUGUGCUCCCUUGUUUUUGGUCUAUGUUCUCUGCUGAAUUUGAAAGAUCUGUCUUAAUACCCUUGGUCAUCUUGGCUGACAUGGAUUUGAAUCCGAAUCCCGUAUCCCUGAAUCUCGUUGCCCCUUUCUGUACAUGGAGGUCAGUCAUUGACAACCCAGUAGUCAAUUGUGCAUGCUUGCCGACAUCUUGGUUGGAAUUUUUACGAGUGAAAGCAUUUCUGUGAGACAGACGGGCCAAAUGUAGUCAUGGAAAAUCCCACUCUCACAUUCCAAGGCAUGUGUGAUGCAUAGGAUUUGUUCAGCGCAUAUAUAUAUACAUUAUUGGAUAGUUAGAUUUACUCAGUUUUUAAUGAUUAAUAGAUUGCGCUUAUUUGUUUUUACAGGACGUUUUAGUUCAAAUUUAGAAAGGCCACCCCAUGGUUUUCAGCCUCCUGUAGCUUCAAUGGCACCUGUUGCAGGUAACCUCUGCAUACAAUGGAGAAGGUUUUGAUUCCUGUGAAGCUAUUUUCAGUUUAGCUGACAUUUAAGAUGUAUCGUUUCUGGCUUUUCAGUUCCCCCGGCUCACGGUGGCCCCCAGGUUUUCCCCUACAGACAAGAUGCACCUGCUCUUAACUGUUGGAGGCCAUCCUGAAUCGCAUUCCAGUGCCCGUUUGCAUUGGGCUUCUUGUAAAUGUUUCCACCUCCUGACAGCUCUCCAUUCAGCUGUAUGUUGUUGUGAGCUAUCUUUGGUUCCAAAGGCUUGAAAACCAUGGAAGAUAUGACUUCUUGUAUGUUCUUUUCAGCUAUCUUGGUUGAUAGGCCGAAGCUAAAAGGGUGCCCUGCCAUAUGCUGUUUAGAAAGCCAUCCUAUCUUCACUCUUUCGUGGGUCAUUUCUUUCAUUAAGGAGUGGGAUUUCUGGUGGUCUGUUGGCAGGACGCUGGAUAUUGUACUAUUAUUUCUGCUUGUACAUUCACUGACUUAAAGCUUCCAAGUGUAAGCCAAUUUUUUUACAUCAUCGAUGGUACUUACUUGUCAUGACUCACUAAUAUUUUUAUCCAAUUGAUCACAGGAAAAUUUAUUUUUUUCAAAAUCUUCUUUUUUUCCAUUUGUACAUCUUGUUUCAACAAAGUUGAUUCUCGGUGGCUCGGAAUGUAUCCCAGUUAUAUAUUGUGUUUGGAGACGAUUAUAAUGGGGGAUGAAUGAUUUGGAAUGCUAGGGCAAUGAGGUUCUUCGAGUUAAACGCGCAUUGGUCUUUUGCCAAAUGGAGAAAAACAUGUGCUCUUUUGCCCAAUUCUGGCUAGAAGAUUCGUGGUCUUCCUGGGCAAAAGAAAAAAUUCUCAUUUUCUUUGAGUUGUUCGUCUGAUCCGAUGCCAGGGAAAAAAAUUGUGCGCAUCAUCUUUCGAAUGUAUAUUAUCUUCUGUUGCAUUUUUUGGCUGCUCAAUGAUCGAGAUAUCUGAGACCAAAUGCCCUGAUUAAUGAUCCUGUUUUGCUACGCUACCUGUCUAUUGUUGCAUAUCAUGUAAUGAUCGUCAUGAAGUCCUAUUAUUUAUUGCAUGACUCUGUUACAGACCUGUCUAUGAUGCGAUUAGCAUCCAUAAUCCCUAGCCUCUUUCUCCUACCAUUUUGAACUUGAUUUGGUAAGUUUUUUAACAUUGAUCUAUGACAUGUCUCUUGAUUACAUACUGCCCAAAAAUAGCUGCGAGUUUUUGUUUUAUUUGUCUUUUCCUAAUUCUUAAAUGAUUAUCACCCAAAUGACUUAUGCAGUCUGGUCAUUUGCUUGAUCAACCUGUUGCUCACAUCCUUGAUCCCAGUUUGUUCAUUGAGAUGAAGGGUAUGAGGAAUUAUCUCACUCCCAUGUUACGUCAUUUGCUGUUUUAUCUCUUCUAGACUUGAUUUUGAGGUCAUAACAACAUCAUUGAAAACUUAAUCAAUCGAAGUUGUUCAUUUUUUUGAAAAAAAAAUGAGAUAUUGGAAACAAAAAAAUAAUAAUAAUUUAUCAGAUUGUAUGCAAAUUGAGAAUGAGAUAAUUUUUUGGUUUUCAUGACAUGUAUCCUGAUCAUGCUAUCUCAUUGAAAUUAUAUUCUAGAGAAGUAAAAUUGCUAGAUUUGCAUCUGGUAAUCUCGCAAUUUAUUUUCCUCAUAUUACUGAUCAUCCGAUAACCAUAUUCUAGGAACGAAGCACGCUUGUUGCCAAUUUCUGGACCACUCUCUAGCAGUAGAUAGAACACGAUUGUGUUUCUCUGCCAUGGUAAAUUUCUCAGAGAACAGAGUCCUUGUCUUGAGCACAAUCUUUGAUUAGUAUCCUCUAAUUACAGCAUCUUUCCUUAGCUUCGAUUAUUUAAAUUUUUUUCUUGGUAAACAUUGAUGCUUAAUAUACCUGCAACAUAACCUGUACACCCCUCUGGUGAGGGGCUCAAGACCCUACUACCCUAUUGACAUUUUCUCUCUCUCUCUCUCUCUUUCUUUCUUUCUUCUUCGUGGUUGCCUACAGCGUGAGAUUUUGGACGGCCUUGUGGCUCAUGGGAGGCGGAAAUGUGGUACAGACCAAGUGUCUUGCUCUCAUGGUACUCUCUAAACCAUCUAAUCUUCUCAGGACAUAUGGCUACAUGAAGAAAGGAAAACUCUGUUUAAAAUGCCUGCAUUGA